AUGUUCUUUUUGUCCCCUCUCUCUCUCUCUCACACACACUCUUUCUCUCUCUCUCUCUCUCUCUCUCAUUCACACUAUCUCUUUCUUUCUUUCCCUCUCUCUCUGUCUCUGUCUCUUUUUCUCUCAAUCUGUUGUCUGGAUUGUCUCCUUAUUGCUAGCAGCACCCCACUGGGAGGUUGGGGCGAAUACAGAUUCCUCGAGAAUCAAUCGUUCUGCUUUUGUAACUGGAAACUGUCUCAGAGUUACACAUUCUUCAUGAUUGAAUCUGUUUUUUGCGUGCCAUGCCUUGUGAUGUCCUUUUGUUACGUUCGAAUCAUCAAGUCAGUGCGAAAGAGUAACCGACGCUUGAUGAGCCUUGAUCAGCGACUGAGCGCCUCAUUUGCUGAUAUGGAAAGCGACAAUCCGCAAUCGGACGGUCCUUCAGCCAGUUCCCAAAUCCCAGACAUUCCUGAAAACUCAAAUCACUAA